CCGACUGCGCUCGGCAGUCGGCACUCCACACAGGCAGUGACACCACCGUGCGCGCGGCGCGGCGGCAUGGCGAGCGCGGCCGCUCCGAGUCCCCUCCCCGUGGCUUCCUUCUCCGCGCCCCGCGCGGUCGCGGCCGCGGGCACCCACCCGCUUGGGUUCCCGAGGCGUCUCAAACCCUCCACGGGAGUCUCGCCGCGCUCCAGCCUGCGCGUCGUGGCCUCCGGCUCCAGGGUGGACCCGGUCGAGGAGAGAGCUCCCGUCGCGCCGCUCACGGGCGUCCCUGUUCCGGCCGGCGCGUCCCCGCCGGGCUCGUCGCUGGAGCCUCAGCCCCAAGUAAGCACCGGCACAUGGAAAUGGAGGGGCUACAACAUUCGCUACCAGCAGGCCGGGACUUCGGGCCCUGCAUUGGUUCUGAUCCAUGGGUUUGGGGCGAACAGUGAUCAUUGGCGGAAAAAUGUUCCUGUUCUUGCCAUGGCAAAUAGGGUGUAUGCAAUAGAUCUAAUUGGUUAUGGCUAUUCUGAUAAGCCUAAUCCGCGUGAGAUUGGAGAGAACUUUUAUACUUUUGAGACAUGGGGAGAGCAGCUGAAUAUGUUUUGUGCUGAAGUGGUCAAGAGUGAAGCUUUCUUCAUAUGCAAUUCAAUUGGAGGGCUUGUUGGUCUUCAGGCAGCCGUUAUGGAACCUCAGAAAUGCAAGGGAAUUGUUUUAUUGGAUAUUUCACUAAGAAUGCUUCAUAUCAAGAAGCAGCCGUGGUUUGGAAAGCCUUUCAUCAAAUCUUUCCAAAGUCUCCUAAGGUAACAUGUAUUUCGUACUCCAUCAUGGUAUCUUGGUACUCGCUAGUUGCUUGUUAGUUGUUAUAAUACCUUUACUGGUUUCUAGGAACACUAUUGUUGGGAAGCUAUUUUUUAAUGCUGUCGCUACACCAGAAUCUGUGAAAAAUAUACUUUGCCAGUGCUAUCAUGACACAUCUGCAGUGACAGAUGAGCUAGUUCAGAUUAUUCUACAGCCAGGGCUUGAUCCAGGCGCAGUGGAUGUAUUCCUUGAGUUCAUCUGCUACUCUGGAGGACCUCUACCUGAAGAGUUGCUUCCAUUGGUGAAGUGUCCAGUUUUGGUAGCAUGGGGGGAGAAGGACCCAUGGGAGCCUGUGGAGCUUGGAAGAGCAUAUGCAUCUUUUGAUACAGUUGAAGAUUUUGUUGUCUUGCCAGAUGUUGGACACUGCCCUCAGG